UUCUUGGAUGAUGAGGAAGGAAAGGGAGAAGUGACCAGCUUACAGCACCCGGGAGUUACAGGAGUCCUGAGGCUGGGAGCCUCUGAGCCUCGCAGAAUUCGGGAAGAGAGGGUGGCAUCCAGUUAUCCCAGAGAGGCGUAUGCUGCAGUUUCUGAACCAGUGGUGCGGGUGAGAGAGAGAGAGAUGGGACAAGCCCCUCACCGAGAGUAUGUACCUGGGGACCCCACGGAUUUUCCAACCCGGCGCCGGCAUGCAGCGGAAGCCCGUUCAGUUUUUCCAGAGGACUACAUCUACAGGGAACUGCCCCGUCCGGCAAGAGAGAGGCGUGCAGCUGAGAGAGGCUACGAAGAGCCCGGGAGGUACGCCAGAGACAGCCGGGAUGCAGAGUUCCUGAGACUGCCCAGCCCACCUAGAGCCGCUUCACCGGAGCGUUACUGGGAGCCAAGAAGGUUGCCUCCUCGGCAGACGGAGGACGACUACUUUAUGCGUCCCAGAGCUUUGCAUCUCCAAGACGGUGAAGGCAGGCCAGUGGAGAGUCGGGCACCAACUUACCAGGACUACCCUCCGCCGGAGCGGCGUGGUGAGUUUUCCAGAGGCGCGCCUCAACAGGUGACGCUGAGAGACUUUAAUCUUAAAUUGUUUUCUACCUACAGACUUGUUGGAGCUCCUGCUAUGUCAGCCCCACACAUUGAUUGGGCCAACAUGGAGUUUAGUGCCCCAGUGCGCAUAAACAGAAUUCUAGUGACUGCGUAUCGUGACACAGGCUCAGACAUCACCAGCGUGUCCAAGGACUUGGUCCUGCCACAGCAAUAUCAACCAGAAAUGACCAUGCUGUAG